AUGUCUCUCGUCCAUUUGUCAAUGCCAGGAGAGACGGAGGCUUCCAAUAUUCCUUACUCGACCUCCCUAGGUCAUAGAUUGAUCAACUUCCGCCUCGAAAAUGUCCCCGACAGCCCGAAAACCCAGAAUUUGGAGGACUUGAGCCAGACGAAAGGCGCCACGUCAGAGUCUCCGAGCUUUAGUGCAGAUGCAUGGGCUCAACAGUGCAAUUAUGAAUACCGCACCGGAGAGACAUGUGGCAUGAGACUUGUUAAUAUGACCGAGUUCGAGAAGACGCAAUGCCGCCUUUGUGAAAAGAUUGAAACCAAGUAUCGUCGGCGAAGCGCCGAGACGGAACGAUUGAACCGAUGGAAACGUGAAGGGGGUACGCUUGUAGCCUCAAUGGACCGAUCACAGAAACUCAUAAUGGAUUUGGAUAAAGAAAUUUUCCAGCUCUCGCGAGAACGCGAAGACAAAAGGAAGGCAUUGUCUUGA